AGCAUCCAGCCAGCGGGGUGAGCUGAGCCAGGCGCCGCGGAGUGGACGCAACAUGGCGGAGGAAGGCAGCGAGCAGCCGCGGGCCACCCGGUCCCGGUGUCCAGCACCGCAGUAGAGCUGAGCCACGUCUCUGGGCACACCGUGCAGGGACCGCUUUCUUUGGCACUACAAGACAAAAAAAACAGUUGUGGAAAUGCGCCGACACGCAACAGACGGCCCGGAGUCGGUGCAGGAGCGCGCCCCGGCCCCGGCCCCGGCCCCGCCGCUGCCCGCCGAUCAUGUGCUCGCCUCCGGAGCUGUGCUGUUCCCGGGUGCGUUUGAUCAACAUGGCUGCCCUCUGAUCGUGUUCCCGGUGGAUGCACAGGCCAAACUCGCCUCAGAACUCAGCAAAGCAGAAGUGGUGGACUUCAUAAACUACUUUCUGUGUCUGCACAAGAAGAAGCAGGAGAAGGAGGGUUUGGUGUCAGUGGUGGCUGAUCUGAGGCAUGCCUCGCUCUCUGUGACCAGGUUCAUCACUGAGACUGUGCUUCUGCUUCAGCGGACCGUCCACAGCGUGUACAUAGUUCAGCCCAAAAAGAAGGAGGCUGUCAAGCAGUUGCUGAAACUCCUGGCUCCGUCCAAGUCUUACGCGGCCUCUUUCAAGAAAGUACUUGUGAAAGAAAUCUCAGAGCUCUCCAACUACAUUGACCGAAGCCAGCUCACGGCGGCGCUGGGCGGCUACCUUAUUUACUGUCACCAGAGUUGGGUUGCCUUCAUUAAGGAGAUUGAUGCGUUUGUCCAGGAGUUCCUGUCUGUGGUCCAGCGGCUGCCCUCAUGCAUCUCCACCCUGCAGGCUCUGUCUAGGCUGCCACUGCCCUCCACCUUCAGCGAGCUCCAACACUUCUGCUCCACCAACGAAGCCAAGUUCCAGCAGCUCAGGAGGGAGCUGGGGCUGGAUGAGCUGCUGAGGCACUGUGACAGUGUGCUGGAGAAGCUGCGUUACCCUGAAAGGGAGCCGUGCUACCAGGCGAUGGCUGGCACUGCCCUCUUCACCCACACCGCCUUCGACAUGCUCCAGAGCCACAGCAGGAUAACUGCAGCUGUGGAAAAGGUGGAGCUGCUGUGGCAGCAGGCCUUUUGUAAGGCCCGUCUCCAGCUGCAGGUGUUCCAGCUGCGAGAGGAUGCACUGCAGAUCACAGAGCAGAUCAGAACACUUCCUGAAGACAAACUCGACCCUUACAAAAUGGAGAUUGCCAAGGAUCCUGCGACGGCGGUGACGCGGGUGUCCGAAUUUGAGGCGUCGAUUCACACUCCUGCUAUGGCGCUUGUUCGCUGUGCUGAAGAUGUGAUCCACACGUUAGCGGAGAUCCUGCCGUUUGACGGUCAGACCGGGGAGCGCUGGGUUCUGGAUCUGGAGAGGCUGAAGGACAAACUCCACUCUGCUGUGCACUUCAUUCUCCAAACCCUCAGAGCAGUUUCCAACUACCAUCGUUACUACAACAAGGCCAACAGCUGGUACAGUCUGGUCCUCUGUGAGAACUUCCUCCAGGAGCUGCUGUCUGGUGUUAAUGGAGACGGCGAUCCCACACGGAGGCCGAGGAGCAACUGGGGGGCGAUCCCUGCAUGGAGGCACAAAAUGUCCACGUUCCUGAAGAAGAAUCCCCCACCUGAUAUGGAGGAGCUGGUUCAUCUGGCUCAUCUGUCGAGUGUCAUCCCAGAUGAUGAGGUCCAGCAGGCGGGCAAGCAGAUGUCUCAGCGGUGCAUGACCCUGAGGAAACUCCUAAUGUCUCCGGGACCCGUGGCUGUCGGUCACCUCCAGCUGGCCUUACAGUGGCAGUAUGAGUUGUUGUGGAGCAGCCAUGUAAAUCAUUCCUCUGCUGACAGUGCUACAAACCAAACAGCUAAGGAUGUUCAAGACGUCCCUAAAUGUGAAAGUGGUAAGGAAGCAGCCCAUCUUCUCGGAACGUCUCCUUCGACUGCAGUUUCUGGAAGCGUGUCAGCUGAGGGCAAACCCCCCUCCCUCAGCUCAUUUGACUCAGGCUUCGAUGGAGCUGGGAGCAGCCAGCUGGAGGCCUGUGGAGGGAGGGAAGCAGUGGAAGGUCUGUCUAGAUUAGCUGGGACCAGGGACUCUGUGAGACCUGCCUUGAGCCAGCCUCAAAUCCACAAAGAGAAUAUGUCCAGUGUUUCAGAUUCUGAAGAUCACAGAGAGGAGUUUGACUUUGGCUCUGUGGGAAACUCUUCCAGGGCUAGCAUCCAGAUCACCCCUAAAGUAACUGUAGAGUCACUCAACUUUGAGAUCAAAGUGAGGCGCUCAGCUGCGCUCCCCAAUAAUCCUUGGCUUAGCUUGCCGCUAGACAAUCUGGAAAACUCGUAUACGGUUACCAUUACACAGAACCCAGCACCGCAAAAGAGAGACCUACAAUCCCCUGAUCCCUCAGACCCCUGCACUAAUGCCAACCAGUCCAGCAGGUCUCGAGAGCAGCCCACACAGACGGAGGUGUUGAGCAGCCCACAGCCCAGAGGGCCACAGAGCAGGGACUGGAUACUACAGUCACAGAGCACUUUGGAGGAUCCUGAACUAAGUCCCAUUUGCAACAUCCUCUCCAGCACUAUUACAGAUGGCAGAGACAAGUCCGUCUGCACCACAGAGGGGAUUCCCACUCUCCUCUGGGAUUCUUAUGACCUCCAUGACCAGAAUCAGGAUGCUGUUGAUGGCUUGAUUGAUUUCUCCCUGGAGGACUGGGAUGUGAAGGAGCAGGAGGGUUUGAGGGAGGUGGAGAAGAUCCUGGACAGGGCUGAUGAAAUACUGGAGAAAGAAGAGGAGGAUUUGGCUCAGGAGGCUGUGCUGGAUGCCUUGCUGAGAUCCGAGGACGGGCAGAAUCAGUGGCCCCUGUGGGACAGUGAGGGCCAGCUCGGUGUGAGAGAGAUGUCAUCUAGUGAGCUGGCUGAAGCUGGUGUUCUGGGACUCGAGGAUUACCUUGUCCCUGCAGAAUCUGACAACCUCAGUGAACCAAGAUCAGCUGGAUCUGCCAGUGAAACUGAAGAUGACGGGCACGGCACUGAAGCUGCCACAGGAGCAGCUGCAGCAGCAUUUCACAGCAGGCCGGGCCUGCUGACGGAGCUAAGGAAAGUCCACAUCCUGGACGAGCUGAUCAUGGAGGAGAACCUGAAGAUCCAUGAGCUCCGACGCCCCAACGAGGAACUCUUGGGUAGCAAACCUUUGGAUACAAACGGGCUGUCAAGUAUGAGCAAAGAGAGGGAGGCUUUUCGGCUACAACUGGAAAAGGAGAGAAGGGAGGUGGAGAAGCUUGAGAAGAGUUUGGACAAAGAGCUUAAGGUGAAGAAACACAAGCACAGAGCUGGAAAGGUUGUAAAAUGUUCUAUAAUGGAGAAGGCUAGAACUGAGAAUGAAGAGGACCGAGCACUCUGUGAUGAGCUUUCAUCAGGUAGUUGUAACAGAUCGCAGAGAACACAUUCACCAUCAGUCCAGAGUGAUUCUCAGUCUCAGGAUACCUGUCAAACUGAAAGUAUUCACGCAGUAUUGGGUCCUGAUGUUACCAAAGAGGCUACGCCACAAGACUUGGUUCAACUUCCGGAUUCCCAACGUCAAGAUCAUUGCUCUGAAGCUGAGCCAUCAGUAUUUAAUUUAACUACCUUAAAUAGUACCUCUGAUUUGAAAGAACCUCCUGAAGAGAUGGGAAUCCAACCUCAGGGAUGUAUCUCUGGGAAAGAAUUCAAUGGAUCUCGUGAAAACACUACCAUAUGCAAACCACAAGCUUCUUUAACGCCUGAAAUGAGGCCAGAUGAUGGAGCGUUUGACCCAGGUGGAAAGUCGCACCUUCCACCUGUGCCUAAGCCAAGAAAGGCUUCUGUUCCUGUGAACGACAACCUUGCGGAACACGAAACUCCUCAUUCCGCAGAGCUGCUGAAUCCAGCUCUGUCCUCUGUUGCUCAAGAUCCCGGUUUUGUUCAACUUGAUCUACAAGAUAAACCACUUGAUGCACUGCCAGAGAAUGUGACUCCAGUCAUCAGUCACAACUUUGUUCUCAAUCCAAAUGUGAAGGAACACAGCAACAACAACAAUAAUAACCAUGCGUUCCCAGAGAAAUGCAAGGUGUCACUGGACCACUUGUCUGAAAUGACCACUAAAGAUGAAGAGGCUACAUCAGUGGUACCUGCGUGUUGGCUACAGACAGAUUUCCACCCAGCAGAGGAAAUCCAGACUUUAUCUCCUGCAGAUGAGUGCCCACAUCAACAGUCAGCAUACCAGCUGCCUCCAGACCAGUCUCUGGAGUUUGACCCCGGUGGAAGAGACGAGCAGAAUGAAGACUUUCCUGUUGGUGUUCAGAGCUCUGAGACCAUGAGGAUAUCUGGCUCUGGGGCACGUGGGAUUCAGGCCCAGCUUAACAUCAACAUGAGAGAGAUGACAGAUGUCAAGACCCCCAUAGUACUGGAUACGGGGUCCGGUUUGAUGAAAGCAGGAUUUGCAGAUCAAGACCUCCCAAACAUUAUAUUCCCAACAAUUAUUGGAAUGCCAAAAUAUGAGGAAAUAAUGAAUGGUAACCUUGAAAGGGAGACCUACAUUGGACAUGAGGCUCAACACAUGAGAGGGGUCCUGGCUCUGAAGCAUCCCAUAAAGAACGGGACCAUUUGUAACUGGGAUCAAAUGGAAAAGAUUUGGCAUCACACGUUCCAGCAGCUGUGUGUGGAUCCAGAGGAUCACCCUGUUCUGCUGACCGAGGCAGCCACGAGCCCCUUGGAGAACCGUCAGCGCAUGGUGGAGAUCAUGUUCGAGGGUUUCAGUGUUCCCUUCACCUAUGUGGCCAUGCAGGCAGUGCUGGCGCUUUACGCAGCAGGGAGAUCCACUGGUGUGGUGCUGGAUUCUGGAGACGGAGUGAGCCACAGUGUGCCUGUGUUUGAGGGAUACUGUCUACCUCAUGCAGUGCAGCGCUUCCCUCUGGCUGGUGGAGAUGUUACACUGCAUCUUAAAAAGCUUCUGCAGGAACAGGGGGUGUGCAUGCGCACCACAGCAGAGAUGGAGAUCGUGAGGGAGAUGAAGGAGAAGUGCUGCUGUGUGGCUCUCAACUAUGAAGCGGAGCUGAGUCAGGGGGGGUCGUCCUGCAGAGAGAUGCAUUACACCAUGCCUGACGGACAGAUUGUCACUCUGGGCUCGGAGAGGUUCAGGGCCCCUGAGAUUCUCUUCAAACCUGAGCUGAUCGGACGGGACCAUUACGGGAUGCACGAGAGUGUCUUCAAGUCAAUCCUCCGCUCAGACGUGGACCUGCGGCGCUGCUUCAUGGGAAACAUAGUGCUGUCAGGUGGGAACACUCUGCUGCCCGGCCUGCCUGAGCGGCUGCAGGCUGAAAUCAGACGACUGGUUUCCGGCGACAUGGGGCAGAGUGUUCGCGUCACCAGCCCCGAGGACCGAGACUUCUCAGUGUGGCACGGAGGAGCCGUGCUGGCCAGCCUGCCCACCUUCAGCUCUGCGUGGAUCAGUCAGGAAGAAUAUGAGGAAUACGGGCCGCAGAUCGUCUUCAGGAAGUGCUUCUGAGACGGACUGAGGCGUGCACGCUGGACUCCUGCGUAAUGUCCCACUCACCAAGUGCAAUAUACACACAGCUGAAAUACUGUGCCACGGAUUGGCCCUUUUUAAAGGUCUCUUUUAUGUGUUGAUUAGACUCUUAGUGGAGCCAGUUUUACCCCGGCCAUCAGUGCGGAUCCUGUGAGCUGACACCAGUGGGUUUCUGUUGACCUGCCGCUUGCUUUACGCCUCAUAUAAGAUAAGAUCCGCCAAGGCAGGGAUGAAACUGUUGUUUGUCAUAAAAUUCCUGUCAGUCGUGUUAUUGUCCCUCAAGAACCUUUAACUGUGUCAUAAGUUUCCCAUUUUUGGAAUGUAUUUCUGUGUCCCGAGAAUGUAAGCCGAAGUUUGUUAAUGUUUGUUAAGGGACUAGAAUUGAAGCUGGCCUUUAAUUGAUGUCUGCCAACUGUUUCCAGAAUAAGCAAUUGAGGGACAUAAAGAGAACUCAACGUGCUGACUCACAUAUAUAUAUAUUAAUCUAAUAUCAAAUUACGGUGUGUGUUUAUGUGUAACAGAUGAUCUUUUGUGUUUAGACAUGGUGAAAGUUGCGUUCAUUUUGAAAUUUGGAUCAGUGCAGCUGUGCGGUGUUCACAGCUAGAAUGUUAUCGCAGCAUCAAAUGAUCUUGAUGCUGGAUUAUUAGGGCUACUGUUAGAGAGAAGAGUCCUCAUUAUGAUUUGAAUUCUGUCUCCAUGUCAAAUUCCAACUUGUUCCUCAACAUUUUAAAUUGUUGUAUUUUUUUCAAAAUAUUUUUGCCUCAUUUUCUUUCCUCAUAGUUAAAACUAUUUUCAUAAUGACGUUCUCGUCAUAUUACAACUGUUUUUUAUUUCGAAUUCAAUUUCAAUUCUCUUUGUCAGUUUUUAUUUUUUCCCUAGCCGUCGCCCUAAUACUCAUCAAAUAUCAUGACUCCCAAAUCAAAAAAGAUCAUUGUACAUGAGUUUGCUGCUCUACUGUGAACUGGAGAGGAGAAAAGUGGGUUUGUGGGAUAUGAGGUUUGUAUAAAACCCUUAGCGGACUGUGUCUCACUAAUGGUUCUCCUCCCGUAUCUUGCUUCUGCAGCUGAGUUGCCUGUGUGUUAGUGAGGCUCAGUGUGCAGGUGACCGAUGUGAAGUCCAGUAUUGGUCUGGGAAUGCCUCUCGCUUAGUUUCAGUCUGUUGAAUAAGCAGAGGUUAACUGCUGCUGCGGGUACAGGGUUCUGUCUACUGUCUAAAGUUGAAUUUCUCUUUAAUAUUUUCUGUUGGAGUGCAGUGUUUUGCCACUAAUUUUCUUCGUUUUUUCUGAAAUAUAUUCUGAUCUGAGAACAGUGGUUGUGUGAAAAAAUGUUUUGUACACUUGUACAGUAGUGUUUGAUUUUUGUGAAAGGUGUUCUAAUGGCGCCAAAACUGCUGCAUUCAUCUCCUUACCAUGAAUUUUGAAAAACCCUUUGUCAACCCUAUAUAUUUAUUCUUAAGUCUACUUUCUUGAAUGUUAUCUCUUUUGCAUGAAAUGAUUUGGUUGCAUGUAAUUUAGUUGCACCUUUUUGCAUGAACUCCUUUGCAUGUUUUCUCUGUAAACUGCCUUUGGGGUGGCAUGGGGUCGUCAGGUGACGCAAAGUUCAGCUCGACGUGGAAAUCGCCAUGAAAUGUGCGGUUCGGGGCCUUGUUUACUGGCCGUAGGCUCUUCUGCCUGGGCCUCCUCCUCCUGUCAGUCUGCACUGAGUCUAGCAAUUUUUCACCCAAACCAUGCUAUUUAUGUCAUGUCUGUUUUUAUAAUAAAUAUUUUAAUCGUC